AUGCCAGAUGAAUGGAUUGAGAGAGGUCUUGUGGCUGAAGCCGCACGACAGAGACAAUUAGAGACUGUUAAUUUCCGACAUGGAAAGCUCGAAUUCGAUGGUGUCGAGCCUGAACUUGGCAUGCAUUUGCUUUCAUUACACUGGAACCGACAACAUCACUCAUUUCUCACAACGUAUCGUCCUGCCUUCAUGCGUGACAUGGCUUGCGGUGGCCCAUAUUUCUCGAAGCUGCUUCUCAACGCAAUCUACUUCGGCGCCUCCAAGUUCAGUCCACGCCGCGAAGUUCGCCGCGUGGCUGACGAUGUCCGCACUGCCGGUUGGCAGUUUCGUCAGAGAGUACGAGAGCUUCUAGGAGGUGCUUUGGAUAAGAGUGAGAUCACUACUAUUCAAGCUUUACUUGUCAUGACCAAUUCUCUUUUCGCCCUCGGCGACGAACGCAGUGCUGCCUGGCUCUAUGCUGGAUUAGCAUUUCGCAUGAUCGUCGACCUCGGUAUUCACGUUGACACACCUGCCUUUGCAGGUUCUCGUAGACUGUCUGAUGAGGAUCGCGAAAUUAGGCGUCGUGUCUUUUGGGCUGCAUUUGUCGUCGACAAGAUCCAAAGCUUGUACCAAGGUCGCCCAGUCAGCAUGAAGGAGUCAGACACACUGGUACCCAUGAAAUUCCAAGAUACAUAUGAGGAACUUGAACACUGGACUCCUUUUUCCUACUCUACGCAAGCAGAUUCUGCCUAUCUAGGCUCUCCUGCAUACAGUAUCUCGACAUUUCGACAGCUCUGCCAGCUCUCGGUUAUCCUCAGCGACAUACUUAGCACUGUAUACACCGAAAGAAGCUUCGACGUAGGCUCCACGGAGCUAUCCUCCAAACUGGAAGUCAUUCAACAAAAGUUGGUAACGUGGCGUAGGCUUCUGCCUGAGCAUCUCGUUGUGGAUGUAGAAAACGUUGCGCUAACGCCUCCCCCACAUGUUCUCAGCUUGCAUGCCCUUUACGGUGUCCUUACGAUCCUUCUGCAUCGGCCUUUUGUCGCCGACGGCCAUCUCUAUAGUACUUCACGUGCCAUUGCCGUCAACUCGUUCAUGGCGUGUGCCAGCGCUGCGGAUGACAUUGUACAACUUCUCCGAGCGUACGAUAAAGCUUUCGGUGUGCACAGAGCUCCGUACUUGAUCUCGUAUGCGACGUACGUGGCUGCGACCAUACAUGCCCGUAUCGCGGCGAGGCGUGAUCCAGGCUCUCAAGCUCACAGCAACCUCGAGACCUGCUUAGCUGUCUUCCGCAAGAACCAAGAGACGAACUGGGCUGUGCGGCGCGCCAGCGCUAUUAUACAGAACUUGAUGGCGAGGUUGGGAGUUGCUACGCCUGACCAGGAUGAUGCAGGCAUUGAUAGGGAUAUUCAUGGCGACAACCAUAGAAGCAGUGUGACAGAUUCAGCGUCGAGCAGGCCCAUGGAUCGUGAGCGGAGUCUGCAGAGUAUGGAAAUUGAUGGUAUCAUCCAGAGUUUUGUUCGGGAACGAGAGCAGGAGACAUCGCAUGUGGUGCGAACAGAACCAACAGGCCCUGCUAAUCCUUCAUACGCACCCGUACCUGGGCAGUCGCAUUCGGCCUUUUCGACUAUUGAGACGUCAGAUAGGCCUCACGAGAAUCCCGGGACCUGGAUGUAUCAAGACCAACAACAACUCUUCAAUGAGCAACCGGUAACUGUAGAUGACCUCCUCUUUGGUUUCAAUGGAUCAGACCUCGAUAACUUCCCGCUCUUAGACUGGGAGUAG